UGGCAGUCGCGGACUAGGUUGAGUAACUGUUACAUAAUUUCAGCGUACUUUCUCAACGUAAUAUAGAGUCCCGCGUACAAGGAAGAGGUUUUGAAACAGACACAAGACAAGACUAGGUUACGUCUUGCCCCACACCGUUGCCAUGGCUCUUGCUACAAGAACAAUUCCUGCAUUAAGCUGUGCACAAUGUCAUAUUGCGGCCAUGUGGAGGUCAGGACUUCAACAAGGCUUGUUGGAGCAGCCGGCGAAAUUUCCUCAAGUGUUCAGGAUAUUUUCACCCAGAGACGUCCACAGCAGCGUCUGGCUGUACGCUGGUCACAACAAGUGGUCCAAGGUUCGUCACAUCAAGGGUCCCAAAGACCAGGCCAAGUCCAAACUGUUCGCCAAGUUUGCCUUGCAAAUACGAUUGGCAGUGAAAGAGGACGGCCCCAAUCCUGAGCUGAACAGCAAACUGGACAGCAUCAUCAGCACAGCUAAGGAGAAAGGGAUGACGAAGGCCAGCAUAGAUCAUGCUGUGAAGACAGCACAUGGUAACAAGGAUAAGCCUGUGGUUAGUUCCCUGGCAGAUAUCCAGGGUCCCGGGGGCUCCUAUAUCCUGGCAGACGUGGUGACAGACAGCGCCAAACAGACCAGAGAUCAGCUCAGGAAAAUCUGCAAAACACACGGAGGAGUGUUUGGGAGUAAGGCUCGCCAUGCCUUUGAAAGAAAAGGUAUAAUCACGGUGAGCAGUGCCCUGGACAUGGACCGGGCAGAGGAGGUGGCUAUCGAGGCUGGAGCCGAGGAUGUGGAACAGGGGGUGGAUGAGGACGACACAGAAGUCAUACAGUUCAUCUGUGACCCAUCAGAUCUCCAGACUGUGCAGGAUAAGUUGAAGGAGCUGUGUUGUGAGAGCAGGAGUAGUUCUGUGGAGUACAUCCCCACACAGACCAUCCCCCUGACAGGAGACACCUUAGAACAGGCAUCCGCUCUGGUCAGAGAACUGUCCGAUAGAGACGACGUGCUCAAAGUCUAUCACAAUAUAGAAGCAUAGAUGUUAGUUUAUGUGAUAUCAAGGUUAAGGGCUUGAAAUACUGGGUACAUACAGUGUAUGCACCUAAGUGCAGGUACAUUGUAAAAUUGGAGCUGUGCAGAUAUUUCUAAU